ACAAGACAUGCAUGAAGGACAUUCAAGAGGGAUCACCAUUCCUAUUUCCGCACAAAAUGAGUGUGCCGGUUGUCUCCUCCAUAAUUGGAGAUAUACUCGUCCAAAUGGGGUGGUUGAGGUGUCCCUGUAUAUCCCUUGAAGCCUACUAUAUAUCAUUAUUGCUGCAGUUCUGGAGAAGAAAAGAGAGAGAGAUGAAUGAAAAACAAGGUAGAGUGAACUGUCGCAUAUAAACUUGAACAGUUGGAGUGUUAUUGUUGUUUGCUUCAUAUCUUGAGCUACACUCGUCCGAAUAAUGAGUGUGAGGUGUCUACAGAAAGCUCUAAAAAUAAGGAAUCCUUGAAGGUGUGGUUUGCAUCAAACGGAGUAUUGGAAGGCUUCCAAAUCAUCGAAGGAAGAAGCUACCUCGCAGAAACGGAUUUGUUCCUUUAAACUAAACGUGCUGGUACGCACAAGGGAGAGGGAGGAAGUCUCCUUUGAGACAAAAACCCAUGCUAGGGUCCUAUCCCACACAAAUCAUUGUGUUGGUUGAAAAGGACCUCUCCCCUACCCUCUCUUCAAUCCAUUCGGCCAGCACAAGGGAGAUAAGGUCCAGGGAAAAGGCUCUCAAAGUUCUGGAGCUGAAGAAACCAAGAGGAGAGAAGGAUCCAAGAAGAAAAGCUAGAAGAAGAGGGAGGGUUGGCCAAUCGAUAAGGUUCGAAACCGCCGGAAACCGCCACUUCAAAGGAACUAGUCGUAGUUGCAGACCACGAAAGCCGCCCGGCUUUCGUGAAAUCCGCCCGGAUUUUGCCCAGCAGUUCAGUUUUACACCUCCAAUCGGCCUAGAACAGGGAUUGAUCGAGGGGCUUGGCAAAGGCAACUAUUUCAGCACUUCAUAAGUUUCAGGUAGGACUUGAAGGUUGCUACUGGUGCCCGUUGCUCGGGAUAUUCAGAGGAGAAGACGUGUAUGGAUGAGUUGGGCUGCUGUUGACUAUUCGUACUGUACGGCGGGUUGUUGACGUGUCCGGCUAGGUCCGGAGCGUGACAAAAGCCGUCAGAGCUCUCACCUUCAACCACUUCCACCUCUGCUGGGAUUCCGAACUUGGUGAGGUGGGUAAGGAGAGGGUUUGGAGAACAUAAUCCUCUGUCAGAUUUGGUUGAUCCUAUGCUGCUUCAAGAAGUUCAUGCUAAGAAGGACAUAGUAGCAGUAUUUCAAGUGGCACUUGCGUGCACUGAGGAAGAUCCGGAAGUUCGUCCAAGGAUGAAAACGGUGUCGGAAAAUCUUGAAAAGAUAGGUGUGUGAGAUCAUGAGUGUGUUCCUGUUAUUCCUAUGAAUAACAUCAUUCUUUUUCAAAGUGUAUAUAUAUAU